GUAUGCUAUGCGUGCAAUAGUUCCUUACCUAAUUAUGACGUGAAAAUGCGUACUAAGUACCAUUCCUGUUGUAUUAUAAUCCUCUAUCUCUAGAAAUAUAGGGCCAGGAUUCGUUGGGGUAAAGGUCGCGGCCUAGUAUCAGAUUGGCUUGUAGGUAAGUGGCGUUUUUCUCCAUGAAUGGGAUGAGGUGCUGGUUCGAAUAUUGCAACCUCUAGAAUUUGCUUUUCCUGUCAGCGUAGAUGGCAAGUCCUAAAAGCAGUUAACAUCCAAUGAUCCAUUUUGUCAUGCAUCCCAGAAGAAGACGGCAGGUAUGAACAGCCUACGCAAUCCACUAUGUAGUUCUAUUAACAAGUAUGAAUAGACAUCUCUAUCUCCCCCACAUUACUACCAUGAUGAGUAUUUCAUGUUUACUCUUUUUACCACAAGUGAAUCUCCAAAUACCACCCUAACCAUCUACAAGGUUAAGCAUAUAUUGCUUUCAUUUUACCUAUCAUGUUCGUCCUCUAUCUAAAUAGCACGAGCUUGGAGGAGUGGUUGCUUGUAUUCUUCUCGUUGGGGUUCCUCUUGUUCCUCAUUAUAGCAUUCUACAAUCUGUUCUUCCAUCCUCUAGCCCACAUCCCUGGUCCAUUCUGGAGUCGAAUAAGCGGGUUUCCCUCGUGGUACUAUGCGUGCCGGGGCGACCGCCAUAUUUGGCUAUGGCAGCUGUUCCAAAUCUACGGCGACAGGGUUCGUCCCCAGCCUGACAUGGUAUUGUUUUGCGACCCUCAGUCAUACACCGACAUCUACAGUAUGAAGUCAAAUGUGCGACGGGCCCCUUUCUAUGGGGCGUUCCAAAAGAAUAGGCAUGAGCCCAAGACUGUGACUGUACUUGAUACUGCUGAGCAUGCACGGAGGCGUAAACGCCUUAAUCCUAUUCUUCUUAAUGAGAAGUCCAUACGCGCGGCUUCGAAGUUCGUCAUUAAGCACGUUGAACGCUGGGUCCAACUCCUGACAGAAGACAACGAGAUAGCUACCGAGUGGUCUUCUCCCGCGAACUUUUCGAGGAAAACUGACUCACUUACUUUCGACAUUAUGGGUGAUCUUAACUUCGGGGUGUCUUUUGACAUUAAAGAGCCAGAGGAAAAUCCUCUGAAACUGACCCCAUUUUAUAUUAUUCAAUUUUUACGAUUUAGCUACAUGAUGGGCCGUGCCCCCUUUUUUAAAUUCCUCCACGGGAUGAGGCCUUACGGAUUCGACUAUCUCCUUGAAUUUAUUACCCCGCCAGCUGUUCAAAGGCUUAACCAGUUCAUCCACAAUAGCGUCUCUGAUCGUAUUGCUCUACAAAAAGAGCAAGCGGAAAAGCCUGAAGCUCAGCGGCGUCAAGAUACUUUCUACUUCUUAUAUGAAGCGAAAGAUCCUGAUACGGGCCGUCCCGCUUACGACGAGGCCGCUUUGCGGGGAGAAUCUAAUCAGCUUUUGACCGCGGGAUAUGAUACGACCGCUACUGCUAUUUCUGGUAUAAUUUUCUGCCUCACCGGCGAUCCUCGACGACACCAGAAACUUGUGGACGAGAUUCUAUCAACAUUUGAAUCAGCAGAGGAUAUCGUCUAUGGACCUAAGCUUCUAGGAUGCACCUAUCUAAGAGCUUGUAUCGACGAGGGAAUGCGUCUUAACCCCUCACUACCAAGUGACCUUCCCCGGGAAGUACUGCCUGGUGGCCUAACGAUUAAAGGAGAGUACUAUCCCGAAGGCACUAUCGUAGGAAAUGUUCCUUGGGCCCUCAUGCGUAACCAGGAAGUUUAUGGAGACCCUGAGGUAUUCCGACCCGAGCGUUGGAUCUUGGACGAAUCGACCGGGGUGACUCAAGAGGCCAUCGCACAGGCAAAAUCCUGUUUCCACCCCUUCCUCUCCGGUCCGGGCAAUUGUGUCGGGCAGAAUCUGGCCAUGGCUAAUAUCUUCAUUACGGUGGCUCGACUACUAUAUCAUCUAGAUGUAAGAAGAGUCCCCGGAUCUACCUUUGGAGGUGGUAGUCCUACGAUGGGGUGGGGAGCAAGGAACAAAAACCAGCUACAGCUAAAGGAUAUAUUUGGUUCAGGCAGGGAAGGUCCAGAGGUACAGUUCAGGAAGAGGGCAUUUGUUUCCUAGGUUGUCACCUGAAGUAAAAGUAGCAAUGUGAUAUCAGGUAUAAUAGAAGGGAAAGAAGAUGGGAAUCAAAGUAACCGGCGCGAAAUCAUUCUUUUCAUCAGUAUGAAAGCAGCACACCUUGUCAUAGCUUGCCUUCUGGCGGUUUCGAGCGUGGAGGAUAUCGUAGAAUGAAUCGGGUUCGCUCUUUUACCUAUGGGUCAGCGAUGAUUAGCUGCAAGGAAAGGUAAUGUCGUGAUGAAUUUCAUACAUGAUAUUAGGUAGCUUUCACUGGAUGUUAUAUAAACGACGCUCUCUAUUACUCCCCCAACCCCCUUACUUAUCCCUUACCUUUAAAAUACAGCCACCAUGCCUACUUGUAGUGGUCUAUAAUUAGAUCCCGCUUUAGAUUAAUAAACACGGCUCACUCCUUCA